AUGACCAAGGAUAGCGGCGACAAGGGGCGCUACCGGGACGAGACCCUGCUCUCGGUGCUCGGCCGCGACCCGGCGGCGAACCACGGUGUGGUCAACCCGCCCGUCUAUCACGCAUCGACGAUCCUGCAUGAGUCGGCGGCGGCGCUGAAGGAAGCCACCAAGACCUAUUACGGCCGCUACGGCACGCCCACGACCUUCCCGCUGCAGGAUUCCAUCGCCACGCUGGAGAAGGGCUACCGGACCUACCUGUUCGGCUCCGGCAAGGCGGCGAUCGUGGCGGCGCUGCUCGCCUUCGUGAAGAGCGGCGACCACGUGCUGAUGACCGACAGCGCCUACGGCCCGACGCGGAGCCUCGCGAACGGCCUGCUGAAGCGCAUGGGGGUCGAGACCACCUUCUACGACCCCUGCAUCGGCGCCGGCAUCGCUGACCUGAUGCGGGCCAACACCAGCGUGGUGGUCGGCGAAUCGCCGGGCUCGCUUACCUUCGAGGUUCAGGACUUUCCGGCGCUCGCGGCUGCCGCCCAUGAGCGGGGCGCGGUCCUCGUCGUGGACAAUACCUGGGCCUCGCCGCUUUUCUGCCAGCCGCUGGUGUUGGGCGCGGAUAUCUCGAUCCAGGCCGGCACCAAGUACAUCGUGGGCCAUUCGGACGCGAUGCUGGGCGCGGUCACCACCACCGAGGCCCAUGUCGAGGCGCUCCGCCGUAUCUUCGAGGAGCUUGGCGCGGCACCCGGCCCCGACGACUGCUAUCUGGGCUUGCGCGGCCUGCGCACGCUUUCCGUCCGGCUGCAGCGGCACCAGGAGACGGGCCUCGCGCUCGCCCGCUGGUUCCGCGAGAGGCCGGAGGUCCGCCAGGUGCUCCACCCCGCGUUGGAGGACGACCCCGGCCACGCCUUGUGGAAGCGCGAUUUCUCGGGCGCAUCGAGCCUCUUCGGCGUGGUGCUGGAGCCGGUGCCGGAGCCUGCGGUCGAUGCCUUCCUCGAUUCCCUCGCGCUCUUCGGCCUCGGCUAUUCCUGGGGCGGCUACGAGAGCCUGGCGCUGCCCACCUAUCCCUGGAAGCUCCGCGAUGCGACCCGCUGGGAUCCGGCCUAUCCGCUGCUCCGCAUCUACGCGGGGCUUGAGGACCCGGACGAUCUCAUCGCCGACCUGGAGCGGGGUUUCGAGCGCAUGGCGGCGGCGCGCGACGCCUAG